AUGAAAGACGUAAACUUCACUGAAUUGGGCUAACCAGUGUAAACUCUCAUCGCCUUUUUAGUGUUUUUUUUUACACUUUACAACUGAACGUGUUAUCGAAAUGUGAAUCAUAACAUAUACAAUUAUCGCAUCGUGAUGAUCGUAUAAUAUGAAUCGGAUUAAUUUUUUCGUUUUCCAAUAUAAUAUUUGCUAUAGAAAAUACUGAAUAGAUGAUGGCAGAUGGACGUUUAGCAAACAAUGGGGUGCCGAACGAUUCAGAAGAUCCUUACCCUAGUUUGUCCGACUAUCACGACUACGAGCCCAACUUAGAGUUUGAUGAUACAGAGUUACAGAAUGCAGCAAUUGAUCCAAAUCUAGGAGAGAAAAUUGAAGGGCUUGGAGGUGGGACCUUCGAUUACUUAGAGUCGCCUGUGUCCGACGGUACGAUCGAAGAAAAUUUUGAAGAAGAACUUGUUAACGCGCCAACAGGCUACGACAGCCUUACGUACCAAUUUGGUGAUGAUGACGAUUACAGCGAUGUCUCAAAAUUUGGCAUUGUCGAAGUGUUUGGUGAAGAUACAGCAGGAAGAAGGAUAAUCGUUGUCUCAGCUUGUAAGUUGCCUCCAAAUAAACAACUUGAUCACCAUCAGCUACUUAGAUAUUUAACGUACACAUUAGAUAAAUUUGUAGAAAUUGAUUACACGAUUGUUUAUUUUCAUUAUGGAUUGAAUAGCAAAAAUAAACCCCCUUUGUCAUGGAUGUGGCAAGCAUUUCGAACAUUUGAUAGGAAAUAUAAAAAGAAUUUAAAAGCUCUUUAUUUAGUUCAUCCUACAAACUUUAUAAGAGUACUUUGGUCCAUCUUUAAAGCUGCAAUUAGCGUUAAAUUUGGCAGAAAAAUGAUGUAUGUAAAUUACCUUCAUGAACUUGGAGAGCAUAUAAAUCUUGACCAAAUCAUAAUUCCACCACAAGUCUUAGAGCAUGAUCAAAAGAUUUUACCAAAAAGAGCUGUCAAAAGACCAACUAAACUUAACCCAGGGACAGCGGAUCUUCCGUCAUCAGUACAACCUUCUGAAGCACCUUUACCCACCCAACAAUUUGGCAUAUCACUUCAAUUUAUAAAGGAUCAUAACAAUGGCAAUGUUAUCCCACCAAUAGUCAGGCAAUGUGUCGAAUUUUUAAGCAAACCUGAUGCUUUGGAGACUGAAGGUCUAUUUAGAAGGUCGGCAAACGUCGCAGUGGUCAAAGAAAUGCAAGCUCGAGUCAAUAGGGGGGAAGAUAUAGAUUUUAAUGGUAAUGUACAUAUAGCUGCAGUUUUAUUGAAAACGUUUCUGAGAGAAUUAGACGAACCUUUGCUGACGUAUGAAUUGUACGACGAGAUUACUCAGUUUCCAGGUAUAUCAAAGGAUGAAAAACCCAGACAUGUAAAAAUUUUGAUCCUAGAAAAGUUACCAGAGGAUAAUUAUCAAGUGUUAAAAUAUAUUGUUCAGUUCUUGUCAAAGGUGAUGGAUAGAUGUGAUCUCAACAAAAUGACAUCAUCAAACCUCGCAGUCGUAUUUGGGCCUAAUCUGAUUUGGGCACAAGGAGCCCAGCUGUCACUUUCAGCUAUUGCUCCAAUAAACAUGUUUACUGACUUUGUGUUACUGCAUCAAGAUCAAAUAUUUAUCAUAUAAAAUAAUACUACUAAUAAUAAUAAUCAUACCUAUCCUGAUAUCAGUCAUUUGAGUCAAAUAACGUUUGAGCUGUCUUAACAUAUUUUCAGGGUAGACUAUUUUUAAAUGAUUAUUAAUCGAACAAUGUAGAAUUCUUGUAUUAUAAGGUAGGCAUAAUCAUAUAUUGACCGUAAGUCAGUAAAGGGAAAGUUUAAUUACAAAUUAAAUUGAUUUAAGAAAUACAUUCAUUAGCAUUUGUAAAACAAUUGCUAAUAGAUUACAUUAACAGUAUUUAAAGAAUAAACAACUAUAUUAAAUUCCAGAGAUAUAUUUUGUAUCAGUGAUAAUUAUAAGAUUUUGAGCAUGUGAUGCACAAAGGUUAAUUAUUAACUAUAAAUGUAUGUAGAUAAUGUGUUAAUAUUGAUUGAUAACAUACUUGUGAUUAAAUAAUGGCACAGAUUUCUGUUGAAAUACCAAAGAGUCAAUUUUCUAUUAAGUGAAGUUUUGUUUCUUUUUUUUCUUUAUACUUUGCCUAGCAUUGUCUCUACUGAUAAUUUGCCCAAAAUUAUUGUUCGAUAUGCGCAACAGGAUAUUUUCGAUGGUGAAAAUUAUUGAAUAAACAUUCCCCUACAUUGUGAUCAUUAUUUUACAGUGGCAGUACAAAUUGUAAAAGACAUGUUUUUUUUUGUUUAAAAUGUUUUUUAAAGUGUUUUAAGGAAAAAAAUAAUUUUAAAAGGUUUCAAUUGUUAAAAAUAACAAAAAAAAAAUUAACCUAGAUAAUAAUACCUAGAUUAAUGUUCCAUCAUUGAUGUCAUACUUCUUAAAAUAACACAAUUUAAUAAUAAUAAUUAUAAAUUGAAUGUUUAACUAAUAAUUUGAUGCAUUUAAAAAAAUGUCUAAAUCUUCAUUAAAUUAUAAAAAAUAUUUUUGAUUGAUUGGUUCAAAAAAAGUAAUAGAAGGAAUUAUUUAACAGGGACAAUAACAGUAUAUAGUCUAUUGUAAUAGUUAAUUCAUUAAAAACUGAUUUUAUUUUAUUUAUUUCUAUUCUAUCAUGUAAAUACAUUUGAAAAAGCAUACAGUAAA